CCGGGGCUCUUUAUAAGCUCGGCCCGAGGGCGAGCAGAGAAAGCGAGUGUCCCUCCAGUCCUUGGCCGGUGUUCUGCUGCACCCCGCGCCCCUCGCCCCGGCCCCCAAGUCCCUCUCCCUGCUCCCCAGCCCGGCCCCCGCCCCGGCCCAGCCCGGCCCAGCCCGGCCCAGCCGCCAUGGAGCGCUGGCCUUGGCCGUCGGGCGGUGCCUGGCUGCUUGUGGCGGCCCGCGCUCUGCUGCAGCUGCUGCGCGCAGACCUACGUCUGGGCCGCCCGCUGCUGGCGGCGCUGGCGCUGCUGGCUGCGCUCGACUGGCUGUGCCAGCGCCUGCUGCCCCCGCCGGCCGCACUCGCCGUGCUGGCCGCCGCCGGCUGGAUCGCGUUGUCCCGCCUGGCGCGCUCGCCGCGCCUGCCCGUGGCCACUCGCGCGGUGCUCAUCACCGGCUGUGACUCUGGUUUUGGCAAGGAGACGGCCAAGAAGCUAGACGCCAUGGGCUUUACGGUGCUGGCCACCGUGUUGGACUUGGACAGCCCCGGUGCCCUAGAGCUGCGCGCCUGCUGUUCCCCUCGCCUAAGGCUGCUGCAGAUGGACCUAACCAAGCCAGCAGACAUCAGCCGAGCACUGGAGUUCACAAAGGCCCACACCACCAGCACAGGCUUGUGGGGCCUGGUCAACAACGCAGGCUACAACGAUGUGGUGGCUGAUGUGGAGCUGUCUCCAGUGGCCACUUUCCGCAGCUGCAUGGAGGUGAACUUCUUCGGUGCGCUUGAGCUGACCAAGGGUCUCUUGCCACUGUUGCGCCGUUCUAGGGGCCGCAUUGUAACUCUGGGCAGCCCAGCAGGAGACAUGCCAUACCCGUGCUUGGCCGCCUAUGGGGCUUCCAAAGCGGCCAUGGUGCUGCUCAUGGACACAUUCAGCUGUGAACUCCUGCCCUGGGGGGUCAAGGUCAGCGUCAUCCAGCCUGGCUGCUUUAAAACAGAGUCGGUGCGCAAUGUGGGCCAGUGGGAGCAGCGCAAGGAGCUGCUGCUGGCCAGCCUGCCCCAAGAGUUGCUCCAGGCCUACGGCGAGGACUACAUCGAGCACUUACAUGGGCAGUUCCUGCACUCACUGCGCCUGGCACUGCCAGACCUCAGCCCGGUGGUAGAUGCCAUCACCGAUGCACUGCUGGCGGUUCAGCCACGACGCCGCUACUACCCGGGCCAUGGCCUGGGGCUCAUGUACUUCAUCCACUACUACCUGCCUGAGGGCCUGCGGCGCCGCUUCCUGCAGACCUUCUUCAUCAAUCACUGUCUGCCAAGAGCACUGCGGCCCGGCCAGCGGGGCUCCACCCCAGCUCAGGAUGCAGCCCAGGACCCUGGCCCGGACCCAGACCCAGGCCCUUCCCCCGUGGCAGCCCAGUGAGCAGUGCCCACAGAUGGCCUAGCUGCUUCGGCAGAGGAGGUCCCAGGAGCCCUUGGCCCUCCCCAGGCAUUGUGACCCCCCGAGCCUGCCCUAGAGCCUGGCCUUAAGGACCCUAGCCCUCCCCACUUGAUCAGUGCCCCAGGCCAGGCCUGGUGAAGCUGAGGCUUCCCAAUAAGCCUCCAGGCCUCUCUACUGCUUCAUGAGCCCACACAGACCCUCCUGGGCGCAAGGUUCCACCAUGGAGCUGGGAGAACCCAGCUGGAUGGGGAGCUCUGUGCUAGACUUAGCUGUAGACUUCGACAGGAUCCCGCAGACAAUGUUUCUGCAAACUAAGGAGUGACUGGGUGGGGUGGGGACCCCCCUCAGGAUUUUUUUGAGGCACCAGUGCCUCAGUGCUGCAAUUCAAAGGGUGAAUCCUGGUUCUUGACUGGCUCAAGAAUUAGGGCCCUGACCACCCACCCCAACCCCCCCAGCCACAGGCAGGCUGCUGCCCCCACUUGCCUGACUGCCACCUUUUAAAUACAGAUUUUUAUUUCUCCUAGAAUGGAAAAAUGCUGUGUGGGGAUGGGGUGACUACCUGGAUGACAGGUUGUGGUUUGGUGACAGAUGGGGACAGCCUGGGCAACCCCUGCUGGUUAGCAUGGGCUGAGGCUCUGGGCACAGGGUCCGUGGUUCACACUGAGUUACCCCUUCACUGACUGGGGGAAGAUCAUUUAUCCACAGAUUUGGGCUUCCUCAUAGUGAAAUGGGG